GCGUCGUGGUGAGCGGACAGGCAGCAGCCAGACAUCCUACUGUGUGUGUGAGAGAAGUGACCUGUUCGUCAACGUUCCCAGCUCCGUCUUAAUUAGUGUCUUAAUGAGAAGUGAAGUAAUGCCAUGAUCUAGUGUUAAGUGCUUACCUUCACGUGUUAGUGAUCAUUUAGAGUGUCAUCCUCGUGUCACCUUACAGGAAACAAGUGAUGGGCAGCGUGUGUGUGUGUGUCUAUGUGAGGUGAACUUAGACACUGACGUGUGUGUACAACCAUCAGCUGACUCUGUUGUGUCACUGAGGUGAUCCUGUCGACCGUCCCACGCUAACACCUGCCACCUCUCCUACGCUAACACCUGCUACCUCUCCUACGCUAACACCUGCCACCUUUCCUACACUAACUCCUGUCACCUCUCCUAUGCCAACACCUGCCACCCUUCCCACGCUAGCACCUGCCAUCCCUCGCUCAGUAACACCUUCCGCCCCCUCUACAAUAGCACCUUCCGUCCCUCCCACAGUAACACUUUCCGUCCCUCCCACAGUAACGCCCUACAAUGUAACUAUCAUACAAAAUUGGGUAGCCAGAGAGUGUGGGCGUCCCAGGCUGUGUUAGACACACUUCUGGAGACUAGCGUUGGUUCUCGGUGCAGGUGUAGUGCUUGUGAGGCUGGGCAGGAGGUGUGGCCCACGGCCGCCCUGGCGUCAUGGGUGGCAGGUGUGGGCCACAAUGGUGGCGGGCCGCACAUGUGAAGCUACAGGUGGGUGGUGGCCUUGCCGGGCCACCCUCUUACUAACCACUCUCAUGAGUCGACACAGCUGCAGUGCGGCCCGCCUGGCCACACUUAUGCUGCUGGCCACGGUGGGUGUGGCCGGGGCUGUGGCCAAGCCAGCGCCAUCACACCCGGAGGCCAUAAAUGCCACCCCUUCCCACCACCACCCCCCUGAAGACGACUAUUACUACUACUACGACUACGAUUACAGCGUCAGAGACGACCUCAAUAUGAGCGAGUUCCGCCUACCGGACGAGGAGGCAGGGGGCGACGCUCCCCACGUACCACGGUACAUGUUGCAGUUGUACGCUGACCAGACCUCCAGGCGCGCCGGCCAUCUCCCAGGAGCUGACCUCGUCAGGAGCUUCAUUGCUGUUACCACUGACUCGACUGAGAGAAGAGGUGAGGGAUCGUCGGGUGAGAGAGAAGGCAGCGCAGGUCAUGGAGUGCGUUCACACACUCUGGCGUUCAAUGUUACGAUACCCCGUCGUGAGCGUGUCACUGCAGCUACGCUCAGACUCUACGCACUUAUCACCCGCGACCAGUACGCUUAUAUAGGUGUAGAGCGCCGUGUUCGUCUGGUGAUCGAAACAGAGCGAGGUAUUACCCUCGACGACAUAACACCUCAAGGCCUAGUAGUGAGCGACACUGAGAGCAGCAGCAGCAGCAGCAGCGGCGGUGGUAGCAGCAGCAGCAGCAGCAACAGUAGAAGCAGCGGAGGAGUACAAGUGACGGUGUGUGAGAGAGACAUCUACGAACAGCACAACGUCUGGGAAACUUUCGAUGUUACUUCAGCUGUCAAGUAUUGGCUGGCGCACCCUACCUCCCAGCAGUUACUGCAGAUCUACAUCGAGUCAGUGUUCUCGACGGUGGGUGGAGGUGGAGACAUGGACGUAGCGACAGCGCCUCGCACGGACAGUGAACCUCUCCUGCUGCUCUACUCCUCCGUCAGGCACCGGCACCAGGCACGUCAUGAGCUCAACGUAAUGAUCUCGCACGAGUACGAGGACUACCAAGAUCACAAGGUGAGGAGAUGGAUGUUCUUUGCUGUACGUGAAUGA